AUGUCUAAGGCUACUACCAUAAAGGAGGCUCUCAAACGCUGGGAGGAACGAGAGCAACAAAGUGCAGCUCAAGCCACAGCAAUAGAAUUACAAUUUCAAUGGCCGCCCAUAGAAAAAAUGGACAAUACAUUGGGUUCGUUGGUCAAUUGCGAACGUCUAAGCUUAUCUACCAAUAUGAUAGAGAAAAUUUUCGGUCUAAAUGGUAUGAAGAAUUUGAGGGUCCUAUCGCUGGCUAGAAAUUAUAUAAAACAAAUAUCGGGAUUGGAAGCUGUAGCCGAUACGCUCCAAGAACUUUGGAUUAGUUAUAAUCUCAUCGAAAAGAUUAAAGGUCUUUCGGCUCUGCGAAAUCUAAAAGUGCUUUAUAUCAGCAAUAAUCUUAUAAAAGAUUGGGCUGAAUUCAAUCGUCUUCAAGAAUUGGAAUCACUAGAAGAUUUAGUAGUGGUGGGUAAUCCCAUAGCCGAUGGUCUAGAUGAGGCCACUUGGCGUGCCGAGUGUAUAAAACGUUUGCCGACAAUUAAAAAAUUGGAUGGUGAACCGGUCGUAUUAAAUGAGGAGCCCCAAUUGUAAAA